UCAACCUCUUCUUGUAUCUUCAACUGUAAGGGACCCAUGAAACAAGCAGCAGCAACAAAAGCCAUGGAUUCUCCUCGUAAAUCCUGCACCAAUUUCUUCCUCCUUUUGUCAACAAAUCUUCUCACCUUUUUUCUUUCCACUACCUUCUAUUCCUCCUCUUGCUUUUACAACCCCAUUACCGCCGCCGCCACCGCCGCCGCCGACAUUACCACUCCCCCAACCAACUCAACCCCGCCUUCACAUGAUGUCUCUGAAACUACAUUGGAGCCAUCGGACCUCCCACCUGAAUACGUUGCCUUCACAUCCGGACAAUUACUCCCGCUUGGAUUCAAUGCUAACUUUGAUUCCGACACGAUAUACCCUCCAGCUGGCGAAGCUUGCACCCUAUUUCCCGACGAACUCCGCCGCUUCAUGUCUUACAAAGUCAACGGAUCCUGCCCUGACGACGAGCGCCUAGCCCAAAAGCUCCUCCUCAAGGGCUGCGAGCCGCUCCCUCGCCGCCGUUGCCGCCCCGCCGCCCCUCCUAAAUACGUCGAACCCUACCCUAUUCCGACUAGCUUUUGGACCACACCGUCCGACAACUCCGUCGUAUGGACGGCGUACACUUGCAAGAACUACGACUGCCUCGUCAACCGAAAGUACAGGGAAAAGGGCUUCAGUGAUUGUAAAGACUGUUUCGAUCUCCAACGAAUCGAGAAAAAACGUUGGGCCGCAUCCAAAGGUGGCGGAAUUGACUUCGGCAUCGACGAAGUAUUGGCGACGAAGAAGCCCGGCACGAUCCGUAUCGGGCUUGACAUUGGCGGUGGGGUGGCUACUUUUGCUGUGAGAAUGAUGGCGAGGAACAUAACCAUCGUCACAACCUCCAUGAACUUGAACGGUCCAUUCAACAACUUCAUUGCCGCAAGAGGGGUUGUGCCGCUGUACAUUAGCAUUUCCCAGAGGCUUCCGUUCUUCGACAACACGUUAGAUAUCGUGCACUCCAUGCACGUGCUGAGUAACUGGAUUCCGACCACGUUGCUACACUUCAUGAUGUUUGAUAUCUACAGAGUGCUUAGGCCUGGGGGUUUGUUUUGGCUCGACCAUUUCUUCUGUCUGACUGUACAGAUGGAGGAGGUCUACCAGCCGCUGAUAGAGAGCAUUGGAUUCAAGAAGGUGAAGUGGGUGGUGGGGAGGAAGCUCGAUCGUGGUCCAGAGCGUGGGGAGAUGUACCUUUCUGCUUUGUUGGAGAAGCCACUGAACAACUCUUGGUGAUUUUCACCGGCCAUUUCUUUCUUUUUUUGUUUCCUGGUUUAUUCAUACGAGGUUUGAUUUUUGAUGUUUAGUUUCCUAGCUUGUAAGAAAUUGCUGCAACGCGGAUCGGAGUAGGUUCAUGAUCGAGCUGAUGAGAAUUGGCUGCCACUAGGAGUAUCUUUUCCCCCUCUGUUUGUUGUCUUAUCUAUGGGUUUACAUUGAAGAAUUUAUUAAUAUUCGUUACUCUUGGGCAAA